AUGCCCGGAGCCUGUUCUCCACUGUGUGCCUCGGGAGCUGUGGCCGUGGUGAGCCAGCGCAGCAGCAGCAGUGGGGCGGUGCAGGGGUGUUCUAGGGAUGACCCCAGUCCCCAGCCCUCAGCUGUGCCCUCCCGUGUCACACACAGCCCCCAAAGCGCUGAAAAAGCCGCGGCAUCGGCUUCACAGCUGGAGCAAUUCAUAUCCAGACCAGACGAUAAGAGUCUGAGAUGCACCGGGGAGGGUUCAGAUGUUGGCAACAUUCAGCAGUCAGAGGACAAGCUGUUGGAGUACUUGGGAAGGGUGAUCUAUGAAGCCCUGGACUGGGGAAUCAACAGCCAAAUGGAGCGAGAACUGAGCGAUCCUUUGGAGAAACUGCUGUGGCUCAUGUUGAAGCUGGAUGACAAGGCAACAAAACCACCAGUCGCCCUGCAGGAUGUUAUCAAGGUCUGUGAGGAGCACUUGUCCAAGCCUUCUGAGGCUACCAGCCAUUAUGAAAGGACCUGUAGGAACCUGUUUAUUGAAUAUAUGGAACUACAGGAGCUUGUGACCUUCAUCCAGACUUCCAAAGAGAGACUGAGAAAAAUGGAUAUGGAAUAUUGGAUGGAAAAUCCCAUGAAAAAGAAGAAAGCCCAAGAUGCAUCUCUGGGGCCCAGUGUCAUCUGUGAGCUGCAGGCUGGUGUGAGGCUGCGCAAGGUUGCUGAGCAACCACGGUGUUGCACAUCUCCAAAGGAACAGAUUCGCUCUCCCUAUGAGCUGCUUUUGGAUGACAUUCAGCACAAGAGGUACACCCUGCGGAAGGUGACCAUCAAGCAAAAGCAUGAGGCCCCCAAAGUUGAGGUAGCUGCUCUCAAGUCUCAUCUAAAGCCGAUGUUGAAGGUGCAGCUGAAACAGUGUGUGCCACAGGAGCCCAGGUGUCAUGAACAGCUCAUGGAGGAAAUAAAACAGCCACUGAAGGUUUGGGCAGCAGCAACAGCACAGGAAAAGAGGGGCAGUCUCAAAGAAACGCUUGUGGCAUCAAAUACUGCCUUGAACUCUCCAAGCGACAAUUUCUUACAUCUCCAAGAUGCCAGUACUGAGUUUAAAACUGCCAACACUAAAACACAGCAGCUGGGAGCAGGAGCUGAGAUUAUGAACAUCCUGUCCUCUGGUCAACAGGAAACCACUCCCAAGCUGCCUGCCAGCACCUGCCUUUCCUCCACCAGGCCAUCCUGCAUCAGCACAGGUCUUGCUGCAAAUUGCACUCCCCCCAUGAGUGCACCCACACCAGGAGACAUUAAACCUAAGUGUUUCCUGAGCACUGGCCAACAGCAGCUGCCUCCUUACAGAGGAAGGUCCAAAUCUUUAGAGAGAGGCCUUCAAAGCAAGAAACUUGACUGUCCCUUUCCUACCAAGUGUCCAUCACCAACCAUUGCUGAGCUGAUUGCAACUAGAUAUGCAAUGAUGGUGCUUGAAGUGCAAGGCCUCUUCCAAGGAGGUAGUGAUGGUGUCUUUCUAAGACCAGAGAUCUGUUUCAGCUGCCAUAAGCAGAUGUUUCUUAAAUGGCCUUACAAAUGUUACCUCUGCAGCAGGUUUGUCUGCUGUGACUGCUGUAUUAAGAUGUCCGUGCCCUUCAGAACAUGUGUACAUCUCCCACUUCAAUUCCUAAGAUUUUUGAGACUGUCGGGAGAGGAGGAUCCAGCUACUCAGGAACAGAAGAGCUCCAAGUUGCUACAUGAAAUAGAGCACCAGCAGUAUUUUGGUGUACCUGUUGUUUUGGAGCCCCGUGGCCUAGCACAGCCCCUGUGCUGUUACACAGGGACCAUGGCAAACUGGCUGACUGCAGACAUCUGUACAUGGUGUGAGCAAUAUCUGUUGAAUGUGACUUCCAGUCAACAGCACAGCAUCCCUCUCAGGAGAUUUUCCUGGUCUUGAACCAAACUGGAAUGAUUCUACCAUACAUUUCUCCUGUCACUUCUUACGUACCUGAAAUAAAUCAAACAGCUUUAUGCACCUACUGAUGUAAAGGCCUGAAUGAAAGGCCUCUCUGCUAGUUAGUCUAAGCAGGAAGCACAGUUAGCAUUUCUGUACUGUGAAGUAUUCUAAAGCUUUGUGAGGUUUAAAACUGUUGUAAUUCUUUUUGUGUCUUGGUGAAAAUAAAUGUUGAAGUAUUAUCAUGCUUCUAGCAUUUCUUUCUUUUCACCUGCAGCUGUCAUUGUUCCGUGGCACUUUUUGCAUUCAUUGCUGAGCAGACUUCAUCCAAUGUACUGAUCACAGGGAAACUUUUAACCAAAAAACCUCAUUUGUGAGAGGCUUGGAAAGUGGAGCUCUCAGUUAUGUGAUCACAUCACCAUGCAUUUUGCAUACACUCCUUCCUUACUACUCAUAGCACUUAAAGCUCAUGGCUUUGCUGCAUGUAAAAUGGCAGUGACAGCUGCUCUGUCCACUUGCAUUAGGAAGCUUGUUUUGAUUUUUUUUCUUUGCACUAUCAUGCUUUGGCACCAGAGCUUUCUGUGCAUCUCACAGAAGUAGCUCUUAAUGCUGUCCUCACCUGAAGGGCAGAGAGUUGUUUUUGAGAGAUUCUUGCUCAUUGCCUUGGCCUUAAGCCUUUGCCCUGGAAUAAACUGGACUAUUGCAAUAUUCCAUAGAUUUUGAUGUAUGUUUAAAACAAAAAAUGAGAUAUUGGAUACUAGGUUUAUUUAUCCCCAGGAAUUGCCUGUAUGGAAUGGCCUGAUGGAGUUUGCCUUGGUGAGUUUUGCAGGGCCUGGAUCGACCGUGUUGAAUGGACUUGUAGCUGGAAUGAGUCAUGCUGAAGAAAAUGACGGCUGGGAAGGGCCAGUUCUAGAUAGAGGAGAAGGGAAGAAAGCCAUGUUUAAGCUGAGCCCAAAGUCUGCAUCUGAACUGCCAGAAGGGUCAAUACCUCCAGCUGACUUGCAGUGGCCUGAUUCUGCUUCCUCCCAGCUGCCUGUCUGCAAGCUCAUGCCUCCUUGCAGGUUUGGGCAAGCUCUGCAAGUAAAUGAAUGUGGGGAACUUGGAGCUUGAGCUUCCUUUUGGGGCAAGUUCAAGUGUUCCUCUUCCUUCAGUCAAUUAGAAGGGGUGCAGCCUGCCUGCCCAGGUCCCCCCCUCUAUGUGCUGGUGCUGCUGGGAGGCGCAUCCUUAUCAGGCAGGUGGGCUCCUUGCAGGCUGCAGGGAAUGGCAGCCACGCCACAGGUGCGCUUGCUGGCACCAUGGGCACAGUGUGGGGCCAGGGGCAUGAGGCGCUCCGAUAUGCAUGCUGAGUGGUGCAGUUUAGGGAGCCAGAAAUGAGCUGAGAUCAGCCUGCUUUGAGUCAUGCGUAAAGCCAAAAUGCAGCAGCAGGGAGACGAGGUAUCCGUAUGACACUGAGGCAGACUUGAGUUCACCUGGGGGGCAAAGGUAGUUCUUGGUUCUGUCUCUUGCACAUCUGUUGUGGGGUCACAUGGGCUUGUUUCACUGCCUUGCCCUGCUUGGUGACCAUGACGGGGGUAAUGAAAUGCCCUCACUUGCAGAACACACAGGUAAAGGUGGGGGGGGGGGAGUUUGUGCUAAGGGGCAGCCUGACCUUCCCUGCUCUAGCAUGCUCCUGGGAUAGCCCCUGUCCCCAUCCUUCCUCCCAAGGACGGCGGUUGCGGUGCCGCGGGACAGUGGCAGCACAGCCUGUGUCCCCUGGGCCCGAGGGACAGCGGCCCAGCCGCGACACUCCUGUCCGCCAGGGGGCAGCCGCGGGCCGCAAAGCGGGGCUACCUCAAAAGUGACAGAUUUACCUCAAAAAUAACAGCGAUUUACUGUGAGUUUGCGGGUUUUACGUUGGGUAACUUCUUGAGGGUUAUUUUGGUAGGGGGAAAUCUUCUUGAAGUAGUUUUUUGUUAGCGAAAGUAGAUGUACAGGACUUUUUUGGUCUUUAGGUUUUUGUUUUAUUGUUAUUUUAUUAUGACUUUAGUAUACUGUUUGUGUCUAGAUUUUGUAUGUGUGAAAACAGUACAAAAAUGGUCAACAAAUUUGUGUUGUAAGGUUUUUUUAAGUUUAAUUAAAAACUAAUAUAUUUAA